UGACCGGAGCUGAAGGCAGUCGCUCAACCGACUGAGCCACCCAGGCGCCCUAGAUUAGUCUGUUCUUAAGUCUUUUGUAAUCGGAGUAUUUCCCUGAGUAUCGUAAAUUAACCUGGAGGUGGCUUGCAAAGCACAGAAGUAAAUUAUUAGAAUUUGCAAAUCUUGCCUACGGUGUAGCUUGUGUGAAAAGUGACGGCUUCUCCCUCAGGUCCACCCAGGGAGGACUUAACAGGGAAUCUUGCUUGCAGCACCGAUAAAGCUUCUGCACAGCUAUGAUGGCAUCUGCUUGGGCUCUCCCGGCCCACGAGGACCAGGAUGAGCUUUUGGAAGUAAAGAUCGAGGAGGAGGAGAGGGAGGAGUAUAAGGACACCACCAGACAGGAUCAGAACCUGCAAAAGAACAGCACCCACAGCAGGGAGGUCUUCCGACAGUACUUCAGGCAGUUCUGCUAUCAGGAGACAUCUGGGCCCCGCGAGGCGCUGAGCCGGCUCCGGGAGCUCUGCCGUCAGUGGCUGCGGCCCGAGACGCACAGCAAGGAGCAGAUCGUGGAGCUGCUGGUGCUGGAGCAGUUCCUGACCAUCCUGCCCGAGGAGCUGCAGGCCUGGGUGCGGGAGCGGCACCCGGAGAGCGGGGAGGAGGCGGUGACUGUGCUGGAGGAUCUGGAGAGGGAGCUGGAUGAGCCGGGAGAACAGGUCUCAGUCCACACUGAGGAACAGGACCAGCCCUUGCAGGAGAUGGCCCCUCUGAGAACAGAACAGGAGCCCAGCAUGUCCUUCCCACCCCUGAUGGCACAGCUCAAGUGUGAGUCUCCAGAACCUGAAGCCCAGCUGGAGGAGCAAGGUAAAGAAGACAGACCCGUCUUGGGAGGAAGGGGAGGAUGGGCUAGCACAGGACACCAAGCCUCUGUAGUACUCUGUACUGUUUCUUAUCAUCAGAGUCAGGAAGUCUCUCGUGCACAGACUCUCAGCCACUUUGGUUUGUCACUCUUCGGUUUAUCAGUACAAUGGAAAAUAACUAUCAGAAUAACUAAGUUAAGCGAUCUCAAGUAA